AUGAAUCAGAAGACAAAUGGGUCAAGUGGAAAUUCUAACACAUCUUUCGUUUCUACAGCUCGAAAGAAUGAUAAUGAACACAGAUCUGGGUCAUUUGAGAAGUGGAAGGGAUUUCGAAGCUUCCAUGGCGCUGAGAUUGCUGAAAGAAGGGCCAAGGGACUGUGUUUCAAGUGUAGGGGAAAAUAUCACCCUACUUUACACAAGUGUCCUGAAAGUUCUUUAAGGGUUUUGAUUUUGGGAGAAGGCAAAAUGUUGAACGACGAAGGCGAAAUUGUGGCUAUGGAAGAAACGGCAGUAGAGAGUGAAGAAGAAGAAGAAGAAGUUGAGUGCAAGUCCAUGGGUGUGUUAGGAAGAAUGGGUGAGCAUCCAACUAUGAAACUCGAAGGAAAAAUCCAAGAUGUGGAUUUACCGGUGUUGAUUGAUAGUGGGGCGACGCAUAAUUUCAUCUCUCCUGGAAUUACGUCUGCUCUAGGGCUUACCAUUUCACCAAUAGCUGCGAAAAGAAUCAAGCUGGGAGAUGGACACAGAGUCGUUACUAAGGGUAUGUGUAAAGGUGUAAAAGUGAAAUUGGGAGUGAUUGAAGUAAUGAUUGAUGCGUUGGUGCUGGAAUUAGGAGGGUUGGAUAUGGUGUUUGGAAUGUCCUGGUUGAGCACUUUGGGCGAGGUAUUAAUGGAUUGGAAAUUGUUAACAGUGCAGUUUGUUCACAAUUCUCAAGUAGUUAAGCUGCAAGGUCUAGGGGGUAAACUUAACCAUCAGAGCCACUUGAAUUCGUUCCUGAAGGAUAUGCAAGGAAGAGAGGAAAAGGAAUGGUGGUCUCAUUGGCAAUCUAUUGAAGUUGAUAAGAGGAUAGAGUCCAAGGAUCUGAAUGUGUUGCUAGAAGAAUUCCAGGAGGUGUUCAAAAAUCAAAUUCAACUGCCUCCUGAAAGGUCUAAGGUUCAUCAGAUUAAGCUGUUUCCUGAUCAUGGGACUGUUAAUGUCAGGCCUUAUAGAUAUCCCCACCACCAAAAAGAAGAGAUUGAGAGGCAGGUAGCAGAACUUCUUGAAGCAGGCAUCAUCAGACCCAGUGAUGGUGCUUUCUCUAGUCCUGUGAUUCUUGUGAAGAAGAAAGAUAAAAGUUGGAGGAUGUGUGUGGACUACAGGGCACUGAACAAGGCUACAAUUCCAUAUAAGUAUCCUAUCCCUAUAGUGGAUGAAUUGUUAGAUGAACUCAAUGGAGCUUGUUUAUUUUCUAAAAUAGAUUUAAAAUCAGGAUACCAUCAAAUUAGAGUUCAUAAGGAUGACAUUCAUAAAACAGCUUUUAGGACCCAUAAUGGCCAUUAUGAAUAUCUGGUCAUGCCAUUUGGGCUUAUGAAUGCUCCUGCUACUUUUCAGGUUACUAUGAAUGAUAUUUUCAGAUCAUUCUUAAGGAAAUUUGUGCUGGUCUUUUUUGAUGAUAUUUUAAUAUAUAGUAAAAAUAUACAGGAGCAUCUAAUUCAUUUGAGGUUGGUUUUAGCUGUUUUACUAGCCAACAAAUUUAUAGCUCAUCAAUCUAAGUGUAAAUUUGGAUGCACUCAGAUUGAUUAUUUGGGGCACAUCAUUUCUGGGGAAGGAGUUGCUGUGGAUCCUGAGAAAGUGAAGUGCAUCCUUGCAUGGCCUGAACCUAAAAAUGUGAAGGGUGUAAUGUUGAGAUAA